AGUCAGUUGUAGACUUUGCUUUGAAAGUUCCUCUCUUAUGCAAGUCCUACUUUUUACUAAGAAUUUUUUUUACACUGAAGUCAAAGCUUAAGACUAUUCUUAAGAACAUUUCUGAGAUGUUUCAAGGUUUUGAGAUGGACCCAAACCUUGGGUUGCUGUGGGAUGCUGUGGCAGAAUCGUAAGAGAGCUUCAAUGAACUUCAGUGAAGAAGAAUGGGCCAAAAAUUCUCCAAAACCAUUUGAAGAGGAUUGUGUUAGCAGUUCCUGUGGAGGUUGAGGUGACUGAACCGGGGUGAUGGAGCACAUGGAUCUGCUCUUCUAUCACGGUCCCAUCAGCAGAGAGCGGUGCGAGGAGAUCCUGGGUGCAAAGGGAAAAGACGGAUCGUAUCUCAUCCGGGAAAGCGAGACUAUCCAUGGAGCUCUGUGCCUCUGCGUCUACAAAAAGAAAGUGGUGUACACCUACAGAAUCCUACAAACUCAUACUGGAUAUUACACUUUACAGUCCAGUGCAGGUGUGAAGGAGAAGUUUUUUAAGACGCUGGAAGAUCUUGUUCAUUAUUAUAAGAAGAGAAACCAGGGUUUAGCAACUCGCCUGCGUCACUCUGUGAAGAGGAAACAAACAGACCAGGAAUCUGUGGUCUCUGAUGACGGACCGGACUAUGAGAACGUGGACUCUGAUUAUGUUGACGUGCUGCCAGACUGAUUCUACUGAACUGUAAUUUUUCUUGCAACAAUAACCUCAAGCUUUUAGAAAACAGAAACAGACUGUGGAAAUAAAAUGAACUGCCGCUCGUGAGACUAAUGUCAACUCUCAUGUCUGCUGAUAGUUUUUGCUGAUAGUUCCUCCUGUUUAAACCGUUGCAAACAUCAUACAUAAAAUUGUCUGAAAGUGUGCACCAGGUGAAUAAUUGUAAAUGCUGUAUAUGUAAAUAAAUUAUUUUUUGGUUUAUGGACAUA